AGGACGCCCUACUUUCCGUUUGACUUGGCGACGCAUUCGCCCGUCGCCGGGGACCUGCACACCUCCUCCAACCAGCGCGAGCGCCUCGCGCAGAUGCACUUUGCCUCGGGGCUGACAGUAAUGACAGACGGGCUGGGAACAGCGAACGGUCUACCCACAUCACAGCAUCAGCAGCAGCAGGGCCAGUAUGCGCCGCACCCGCACGAGGUCGCAGCUGCAGCCACGGUGUCCAAGCUCCAGCGGUCCCGACACAACUCCUUACGCAAGGACUCGCUCACGGGCACAUCGCCGUAUGUGUCACAGGAGGAGAUUGCAUCAUUCCUCAAGGACAAGGACAGGCGGUCGCGUCUUCCGAGCGCCACGCAGCUGCUGGCGACACUCUUCACGCCAAUACCAGGCACCAAUGGCACCGCCACCGCCAGUAGUAGCACGCCAGCCACGACGAUGACUGCAGCUCCCCCUGUUGAUGGUGUGACGGCUGCAGGCAGCGCCAACAGCAGCACGAAUGGAAACAGCAUGGUGGCACCACAGGCGAGUGUCAGUUCGAGCACAGCAACAGGAGCGCAUAUGAUGACAGGUGCAACAGCACCGCCAACGACAACGACGCAACAGCAGAAACUGCAGCCGUUGCUGCGUCCGCCACAGGUGCAGCAGCUGCAAGCAGAGGAUAUGCAGCACGGCACAGACACCAGCGGCACUGACGACGAUGAUGAUGAUGAUGACGACGACGCUGACAAUGAUGGCUGUGGCGGCAGUGGUGAUGAUGUGUUUACCAGCGACCGGGAGCAAGCCGGCGUGAAGGUGGAGGGUGGGGAUGUCGAUGCAUUAGAGCCGCAGCCCAAGCGCGCCAAACAGCUGGUCUGAACCAAACGCGGCACACCCUCGUAGUUUCUUGGAACGUAGGUGUGAACAUGUAUGUGGUUGUGAGCACGUUUGUAGGUGUGUGCAUGUAUGUGGUUGUGAGCACGUUUGUAGGUGUGAGCAUGCAUGUUUGUAGUUGUGAACAUGCAUUUCAGUGUGGAUGUUGUGCGCAACCGAUACCACGCGUGUUGCUGUUGCUGUUCUGUCAGCACCAACCAACCAACCAACCAACACAACCUUCCUUCUUAGUUGAGGUCAUAAACAACAUAGUCGACAACAACAACAGCUGCGGUAUCACGGCACUUGGA